AAAGAAAUACAUCCGCGAAGCGAGCACGUCAAUGCGUGCAUUGAACUAAAUAUAAAAAAAAUAAUAAAUUCCCGCCAAGACUGUGAAAUAGCACAGCUAACAAAUCGCGUGUGCGUGUUUAUAGAUAUGUGAAGUGACGUGAAUGUGAUCAAUUGAAUAAUAAGUGUUAUUUUGUGCUGAACGAGAGGACUGUUAAUUGGUGAACACAACAUGAAGCGAUCACGGCACAGAUGGCUGGAGUUAAGUCUAUUCUGUAUAACAAUAGCGGCUUUAUCCAGCCUGCCCACCACGUCAGCGGUUCGAGCUACUUCCCUGAUCUUCAGUAAGACGUCCACCACCGCCGCGCCUGAGGAGGAGGUUUCAGCGCCUGAUGAGGAAGCACAAGUGGAGCCCACUGGUGAAGCAGAAACAAACACAACUAGCAAGCUAACUGGUAUACCCCAGAUAGACUAUAUCUACGACCCCAACUUGCCUCGUGAGCUGAACGGCUACAACCUCUCGGGAUAUCCGUUCUAUGAAGCUGUUCCACCACCAGAGACUAUGGACUUCAAGUGUGACGGUCUACACGAUGGCUUCUACGCUUCUGUGCCGCAUAAGUGUCAGGUCUACCACCACUGCUUAUUCGGUACGCGAUACGACUUCCUCUGCGCUAACUAUACAGCCUUCGACCAGAAGACGUUUAUUUGUCAUUUCGUGUCUGAAGUAGAUUGCAAGAACUCACCGAAUUAUUUUAACAGAAACGAAGCAUUAUACAAGCAAGAUAGCACCACCACCCCCGCGCCCCCCUCAACCACCUCAACCACAACGACCACCACCCCCCGCCCGCCCAGACCUGGGCGGAGGCGGCCCUAUCAUAGAUAUGAGUAUUAUGAUGACGACGAGUAUUACUACCCGAGGGAUAGAGAUGAAUAUGAUUAUGAAGAAAGAGGAGGCAGACGUCAAAGACCUCGACCAGGAAGGCCAGGCAAAAGAAGGCCCCAGGAUGAUUACGAUGACAGAUAUGAAACACGUUCAAGACCACGGGACGACGCUGAUGAUGACUAUGAUGAUAGAAGACCAUAUGAAAGACCAAGAGGCAAAAGACCGUAUACAGACUACAGAAGACCAUACGACGAUGAUGACAGACGACCUUACAAAGGCGGAAGACGACAAAGACCAAGGGACGAAGAUGAUGAAAGAUAUAGAACUGAUGAUGAAGAUAGACCCAGAGCAAGUGGAAGACCAAAACCUAGACCUAGGGACGAAUUUAGAUCUAGGGACGAAGUUGAAGAUGAGAAAUUAGAUAGAACUAUGGAUGAUGAAAGGUUAAGAGAUGAACGUCCAAGGGAUGAAAUAAGACCUCGAGAUGAAGUUCGGCCUAGAGAUGAAGUCAGACCUAGAGAUGAAAUUAGACCUAGGGAUGAAAUAAGACCUAGGGAUGAAAUAAGACCUAGGGAUGAAAUUAGACCCAGGGAUGAAAUAAGACCUAGGGAUGAAAUUAGACCUAGGGAUGAAAUUAGACCUAGGGACGAAAUUAGGCCCAGAGAUGAAAUCAGGCCAAGAGAUGAAAUAAGAUCUAGAGAUGAAAUCAGACCUAGAGACGAAAUAAGACCUAGGGAUGAAAAACGUCCAAGGGAUGAACCCGAUGUAAAUGAUGAAAUUAAGCCACGGGACGAAUUCAGAUCUCGAGAUGAAAUUCGCCCACGGGAUGAAUAUCGUUCAAGAGAUGAGAAAAGACCCGACAGGCGACCGUUCAGAGAUGAAGUUCCUGACAUUAAGCCCACAGAAAGGCCUUCAAACGAAGGACGUAGACUUUACCGUCCAUUCAAGGGUAGAGAGGAAAGACCAUAUCUAAAGCCGGAGAGAAACUACGAUAGUGACGAUAAAAUACAAGAGGAAAAGCGUCAAAUACCCACGGGUCCAGAUUCGCAGCCAUUAGUCAAGCCAAAUGGUCAUGGAAUUUUUAGCAAACCAAGAAUGCCACCAAAAAUAAAACGACCAGUUCCUUUAAAUGAAAAAGAAAAAUAUGAAUAUGUUCCUGUAUCCACCACUAAAUUACCACCAAAAGCAGCUGACGAUGAUUAUUAUGAUGAUUAUGAAGAAGACGAUAUAAGUAGACCCAUGCCCUCUGCUAAGACUACCACAAUUCAACAGAGACCUAAACCAGAACCGGUCGAAAGAGAAAAAUUUAAACCCUCCAGACCAACAGGACCCGCUAAUUUAAAAGCGAAAAAGACCAAAAGACCAAUAGAUUACGAUGAUGAUGACUAUUAUUACGAGCCUGCUCCUAAAGCUGCAAAGUAUACUUACACGCAAAGAGGCAAAGACGAUAGACCAGCAAAAGUGAAAGAUGAUGAUUAUUACGAUGAGGAAAAAGAGAAAGAAGCGCCCCCUAGAAAAAGGAUAGAUGACGAAGUAGUCGACAAGGUGAAGGACGUGAGAACAAACGUAAAAGUUGUUAAGCGUCCUUUUUUACCGUCUAGGGGUGGGAGUCCCUACCUACCAAGAGGUUUACAACCGGUAGGUGGGAAAAACAUGAACUCAGCACCAAGCACCACCCCUAAACCGACUACCACUUCCUCUACCACUACCACUAGCACUACUACUACUACCACUACCACCACCACCACCACCACACCUAAACCCACCACAACAUCCAGACAAACAACAACACGCACAACAACAACUGUGCCAACCGCGGCAACAACACCAAAACAAGAAGAAGAAUAUGAAUACUACGACGAAGACGAAGACGAUUAUGAGAACAGCAAUAAACAAGAAGCCGAAACAACAACAAAGGCCGCAGAUGUUAAAACAAACCCACCAACAACAACCCAAGCGAACAGAGCAAAAGAUCUAGCAACAAAGGUACUGCGAACAUUCAACGACAAUUACGAAGCCAUCAAAGAACAACUAGAAUCUACACUGAAGCCCGGUGCGUACCUAAAACCAUACAUCUCCCAGAUAAAUAAAGAAACCGGCAAACAAAUAGAACCGAAACCGGAAAUAUCCAAACCCUACACCGCCACCGGAAAACCGUUAAAACUAGACGUGUCCAUCAAGCAGAAUUUAGCCGAUUCCAUCGAAAAUGAGUAUGAUGAACGGUAUAACGAAGCUCUCGCUCCCAGCCUGCCCAACAUUCGAGCUCCAAGCGGUUUUAUAGUACCUACAAACCGAGACUAUACCUUCAGUAGAUUUAGGAAUAGCCUCCAAGCAGAUCCGCAGUACGCAGCGUCAGAGUUAUCCCAGUUCCAGGUUAGAAAAUUACCCCAAAUAUCGGGAGUAAGUCUCCGUACUCCCACGUCUUAUUAUUUAAAGCCCCAAUUGGGUUACAAGGAUGGGCUAACGAGGCCGGUUAGGCAACUUGUAUAUAGGCAAUUCGGAGAAUUUUUUUAAAUAGCUGAGGGUAACCUUUGAAAGAUGGAAGCGUUGUGAUUUAGGUCGUAAGAAUCCGAUGCUUCGUUAAUACUCUGUAUAUUAAAUCUGAACAAAAACCGAUGGUUUUUGAUAGAUUACCUCGUUAGUAAAUGAAACAGGAUCAUUCAAUGUUUACUUCCAAUCUAUAAUUAAUCAUUUUUUAUAUCCUUUUUCUAAUAUAUUAUAUUUAUUCAAAACAAUCAGUUCAGAAUACUGAGUUACACAAGGAAGCAUAUUAUGGCAACUUCUAAAAACUAUAAUAUUAAAACCGAUUUAACAUAAAGUAUCAAAUAAGUGAUAAGUUAGUUGUAGCUUAGUGAGUAAUGUGUAAAUAAAACACACUUUAAAAACAUUGGCACUCUAUAAAAAUAUGUCGCUAUUUGACAAAAGUUUAUAUUAAUAGAAAUAGAUAAUGAAAUAAUUUAUAGAAUCACAAAUUUAUUUAUUAAUAUUAUUUUUAAUAAGCACACACGACAUUUUUGUUAUUUAAUUUUGACAUAUCUACAAUCUUUAUUUAUGUAUUUUUUCGUUUUAUACAUUUGUACACAAUAACCUUACAAUACCCAAUAUAAGCUUCUUAUAAGUUUUGCAAAUAUGAAUUUAACAGUUUUAAAUCGUGAUUUUUAUGUAAUCGUCAUAUGACCCUAAAAGUAUCGUUUAAUAUAAGCGUAAACGGAAAAAUUAUUAAUUUUCACAAAAAACUAAAACGCCUCCGAAAUUGUUGGAACAAGACUCAAUGAGAAAAAGAACCACCCAUAAGUACUCAGAAAAACUUACAAAAAAUCCAGUCAAAUUGAAAACUGCUCCUUUUUGUAAGUCGGUUUAUAGUCAUCAUGCCAACGUGACCUUAAUUCUAGAUAGUAUUAAAAACCACGGUUUAAAUUUGUUAACUUAAACCUUAUUUAGGAGAACCUAUCACUGCCGAUAAAUAACGAAUUUAAAAUACUCUUAGUUACCUAUUCCUUAGUAAAUCGCGAUUUUUCAAAGGUUACCUAGGUAUUUUGGAAUCGUAGUGUUAGUUCUGUAUAUUUGAACACUAAGAUCAUUAAAUUGGGACAUCUACGAUUUCAUAAGCACUGAUGUAUUGGUAAUAAAAUGACAA